GCUGAUGGUAUGGAUGUUUUGGCUGUGCGGGAAACAAUCAGGUGGGCAAAGGAAUACUGCAACGCCGGCAAAGGGCCACUGAUGCUUGAGUUUGCUACAUAUCGAUAUUCUGGUCAUUCCAUGUCGGAUCCAGGAACGAGCUACCGUACUCGCGACGAAGUGCAGGAGGUUCGUAAAACUCGCGAUCCAAUUACAGGCUUCAGAGAUAAGAUAAUUGCUGCUGAGCUGGCAACCGAAGAUGAACUUAAAGCAAUUGAUAAAGAGGCAAAGAAAGAGGUUGAUGAAGCCGUUAAAGUUGCGCACACGGAACCAGCACUGCCACGUGAAGGUCUAUAUUGCGACAUUUAUCAUAACACACCACCGCAGUAUGUACGUGGUAUCACGCUGGAUGAAAGCAUCAUACAGCCGUACUGCAGAACCGAAGAUCUGCUGAAAAAACUGGGAGUGAACGCUUGA